CGCCGCCAUGUUGUGCUCCGUUGUUGGGGAAGGGGGACGGAGGGUCCCGGCUGCCCCCAGGCGUCACUGAGAGAAGGGAGAAAGUUCGGAGGCGAAGAAGCUCCGGUCAGCGGGAGCAGAGGGCAGCAGGGCCGCGGCCGGUGACGCUAUCUCGGCUUUUGGUUUCAGUCCAAACAAGGCGGAAGCUGGAAGUGGGGAUGGGCGGCUCCUCUGGAGCCCUGGGAGGGAUGGGCAGGGGCUGAACGGACUCGAGUGCGCCGACUAAAAUCUGAGAUCGCAGGAAAAGACAAGCCAUGAGCAAAACAGGAAAUUAGUCAGGACUUCUCCCUUGGAGCUUCUGUGCCGAGAAUCCGAUGUUGGGCUCGGCUCCCUGGCUGAAGACAGCAGAUCAGCCCAUGAAAACUUCCAUUCCCAGCCAAAGGAAGGAGUCCAGCACAAGGCAGCACCUCUUCUUUCAGGCUUGGAAGCAAGAAAGGGGGCAAGAGUUGGAGAGUGUGGAAUCGGAGAAGACCACUGAGAGGUGACAUUUAAGUUGAAGAUGGGCGGUGGAGAAAGAUACAACAUUCCCGUUCCCCAGUCUAGAAACACCACCAAGAACCAUCAGCAACUUAAAAACAGGCAGAAGAGCAAAGACCCCAAUUCUCAGAUGAAAACCUACGUGAAGAAGGAAAGAGGCCACGGCUGCAGCUCCUCUCCUGGUGCAUGGCAGGCCAUGCAGAAAGGGGGGAAGAACAACGUUCACUUCCCCAAGAAUCCCAACUGGAAUCCUGCUCUGUCCAACCACAACCUGUUGUUCACCCCUCAGAGCAACCAGAACUAUGCUGGAGCCAAGUUCAGCGAGCCACCCUCCCCAAGUGUUCUGCCUAAGCCACCAAGCCACUGGGUACCUGUUCCUUUUAAACCUUCUGAUAAGGAAAUAAUGACAUUUCAGCUCAAAACCUUACUGAAAGUCCAGGCCUGAGGUGUAACUUGUGUGAUUUUCAGGGUUUCAGAUUUGAGCGUUGCUGUUCCAAACCCCAGGUGUGCCAGGACCAGGUGUUCUUGCUGCAUGUAGUUAGUCACUUGGAGAGGGGUGAAAGUUUACAUUCCCCUCAUCUUUUACCUCAGAAGUUCAGUGCUGUGUUCACCUCACUGUGAAAUAGAUAUUUUCUUGUAAAUCAAUCAAAUCCUGAGCAGUCACCAUUUACUGUAUUUAAGAAGAAAUGGGACUGCGUGCCAAAAUUGGAAUUGUGGCUUUGAAUUGUUAGAAAAACCACCUUUUACCUAACUUAAUGCAGCAUGAACUGAAAACAAAAAACGCACUGAAAACUUUAGUCAGGUUAUUUGCUGCUUUUCAGGCUGGUGUGAGAUUUGCUAAACACUCUGCAGAGCAGAAACCCCCACCUGGGCAACAGCUGAUCCUCUUCCCUGCCCUGUGAGCUUUAGUGGCACUCCUGCAGUGGUGGGUGAGCGUUUCAAGCCCUGACUCCCAUCUGGAAUGUUCUGGAAGGGUGUGGAAGAACUCCUCGGGCAGACCCAGCUGUGCUUCCCAGGAAUCUCCACGAGUGCCAACUAAAGAUCUUGCAUUGCCAGGUGACUGCCAAAAAAGCUCCCCCAAAUGCUUCGUGUGCCCACUGCACUGAGCAGUUCUAAACCACAUUUUUGUAUCGGUUUUUAUAAAAAAAGGUGGAGUAGUUCCUUAGUUUGGUCUUAAAUUGGUUCCCCUGUAACAAUUAAUAGUUUGGGGCAGGUGUUAGGUGUUCUCACAGGGAAGACAGAGCCAUGUAAAUACAUGUAAAACAUUGUAGCAUAUGUAAAUUUCUGCUGGGCUUUCCUGCACAGAAGUAUUUUUAGUACAAAACUGCUGAAUGUAAGAUGACCAUGUUGAGUACGUGGCCUGGUUUAAAAAAAAAAUAUUUUGUUUAAAAAAAAAAAUUAACAAAAAAAAAAAAGACAUUUGUGGCUGUGCCCUUGCACUUCACAUGCAGUGAAUAUGCACAUUGUAUUUGGUUCUAAUCUCAUUUUUUGGAAGUAAAAUCAGUGCAAAAAAUGCUUAUUUAGAUUUUUUUUAAUUAAAGAAAAAAAACCUAAAAAAAUAAUAAAAAAAAAAAAAGCUGCUGGAGUUUCAGAUCCCAGAUCCUCCUGUUGUGAAUGUGUAGGAGAGGAGUGUGUUCAAAUCAAGUGUUUCACAAGAGAUGCAAAUGCCUGGGUUCAGGUGCUUGAUAAAACUGAAGGACUGUAAUAAUUCUGUGUUUCUGAAAUGCAUCAGUGCUCUGUAAAACAACAUUUCUCCCAAUCUUUGCUAAAAUCCCUCGGCAGAGGGUCAGGGCAGGUGGCUCCUGUGCUGUCCCCCUCCAGCUGAUCCUGCUCGAGGGUGACAACACGAGCAGCCAGGGUUCUUUCAAAAGACAAGGAUUACUGAAAAAAAAAAAGUGCUUUAAUUUGAGCAGGCCUUUUGCAGAUUGUGAAAUGCUUGGAGGUGUUUUUCUGUACAUUCCAAUGCAGUGGCAGCUGAGCUGAAUGUUUACAAAAUUAUUGCUCCAAAUCACAUGGAAUUGGCAGUCUCUAAACUUGUGUUGUGACCUGGACCUUCACCAGAGUCUGAGCUGUAUCCCAGUUAAUUAUCUGUUCUCCACUUCAAAUUGUCAAUUACUGAUGAUGAUUGUACAAAUUGGAAACAAAACAUUUAAAUAAACUUUUUUUUUUUUACCCCCUAAAA